GGUAACAAUACGAACAGUUGAAGGGCAGUGUACGUUUCCUAUGCAUUUGAUUCAUGGGCAUGCGUAAUCUUGUAUUUGCAAAAAUUCAGAGUGGAGACAAUUGCUUUGGCGUGAAUACAUAUCGUUGAAUUGUUAGAUUUGUUGGGAGAAAAUGGUUCGAAAUAUUUAUAGAGCUUCCAAGUAAAGUAUUUAAGACAGUACCUGUCAUAGAUGAGAAAACUAGACUGACGAAGUCGAAAAUACAUUUUUGACAACGAAAUAGGAAAAGGAUGUUUUGCCUACAGUGGUUGAUCCCGGUGUUGCUAAUACCAAAGCCAGUAAAUCCAACGUUACUGCAAACGCAUUUCAUGUUUGUGACACUUUAUUUAAUUGGAUUCUUCCUAGAACGAAAACCAUGUGCUAUUUGUAGUUUAGUGUUUCUCACAGCAGUUUUCUUAAUUUGUUACAGCGGUUUAGGUAAUUGUCUCCUUUGGAGCACAAAUUGUAAUACAGUGAGAUGCGAUAAUAGUUAAGGUUAUUGGAAUAAUUAAUUCUAGGUUCAUCAAUUGUCAUUACUUUCAUAUUUCUUUUAGAAGAGUACAGAAAAACUGAUUAUUUUACAACAUAACCCAGUAAGAAAUUAAAAUAUAUAUGUACAUGUAUAUGCAUACACAUAUUUUGGCAUCAUGUGUGUGUAUAUAUUUAUAUAUAUAACACAUACACUUUUUUUAUGGUUUUCAUUGUAGUUUUUAUUAGCUUAUAAUUGAAACAUAUAUGUAUAUGUAUAUGUAUAUGUAUAUAUAUAUAUAUAUAUAUGUUCAUGUAUGUUUACAUGUUUCUAUGUGUACAUAUAUAUACAUUUGUAGAUGUAUUUAUACAUAUGGAACACGAAAAGAUGUAAAACUAAUAGGCCAUAACAAAUUUUACACAAAACUGAGAAAUUUUUGCGUAAAAUUGUGACAAUUCAUAAUUAUGAAGUGGUUGAAGUAUACAAUCUUUGUACAUAUAAUUAAAUUCGAGUCUAAUUAGUUUAAUUGUAUUAACUAUGUUGCUAUGUAUAUAAAACAUGUAGACUCUUUUGUAAACUGUGUACUUUACAAGUCAAGAUUUCCAUUGCUUUUCAUCGUAUUUAAAUAAAUUUUCAUUUGGAAGGUUUAUCAUAAACCGCAUUUAGAGUUAACACAUUAAACUUUUCCUAGGAACUUUAUAGUAUAGUAAUACAUCUUGCAUAUAUUUGUUGAUUAUUGAUACGAUUCAAAUAUAACCAGUAAUUUUCCAAAUGAAAUACAUGAAAAAUUGUAAUAUCAAAGUACACAUGUGUAAGAGGAAUGAAUUAAACUACUAUGCAUAGAUUAAAUAGAAUAAACAAUAGAGAUGAGUAUUGUGCUAAGGCAUUAAUUCUACAUAUUCUAAUAUGUGUUACAUGAAAAAUACUUAGUAUAUGUAGAACUUGUAAAUGGUCUGAUUUCAUUUGUUCAUAAAAUGAAUACAUUCAGUAUAAAAAAAUAACGAACAUCGAAAUGUAACUUAUCAUUGUCUUUUAUUAGAACAAUUGAUAAAUUUUAAAGUACGAAGUUAACAAGUUUCAUAUCUUUUUGAUAAUUGCAAUAAAGAAGCCUAUAUAAUACUGUUAAUAAACAAAAUCUUCUAUUUUAAAGCAAGCAAUCAAGAAGGAAGUUUAACUAUCCUUUUUUAAUAAGACAAAGGAAUUUCUUCUUCUUUAUUUACUGCUUUCGCUUUAGCACAAAUAUGUAUCUGUGAUGCUUCCAGUUCCAUGCAUUCAUUUUAUCAGAAAUGCUUUAAUUUAUCUACAGAAAAGUUAAUAUAUACAUCUCAGAAUUGUAAACAUUAAUUGCCUACCCAUUUGCUUCCACUUAUAGUUUUACAUUUAAAAUGAUUGUACAAUUUGUAAGUAAAAAUGUACACUUUUCUAAUGUAACAGAAAAUAAAUGAGAAAAUUCACUUUCAUGAU